UGAGUAUCUUGUGUUAGAAGUUUUAAAAAAUCAUUCUGAGGAAGAUGAUGACGCACAGAAAAGUCAAGGGCUCUUUGCAAGACUUACAAGUGGCAAUAUGUUUUCUUCUGGAAAAAACGGUGCUUUUAAAUUAUCAAAUAUUUUGCAGGAGGAGCACAGACCAUUGGACACAGAGUUAUGCAAGCCUUUAGCAGGACAGCAGAAUUAUCACCAUCCAUCACUGAAAGCUGCCAAUUUAUAUUGGAUACAAUUCGAAAACGUAAUAAUGGUAUUCUUGUUCAAGAGAAAUGGUUAAAUGAAACUGAGUACCUCUUAAAAAAUAAAGUCCUCACUAUUGGUGUGUUUGGACGUCACAAAGCUGGAAAGAGCACUUUAUUGAAUGCACUCCUUCACCAUGAAGUAUUGUCAGUAGCUGACACAAAUGAAACAGCAUUUAUUUUAAGAAUUUGUCAUAAGCCUAGUGACCAUCAUGGAAACAGCUGUUUUGAAGAUACUGAACAAUUUCUAUUUAUGAAGGAGGAAGAGAUUAAGGGUCGCCGAAGCAUCCGAAAAAUAAUUCAAAAAACGAACUCUGAUAUUAGAGAAAAGGGUGCAACAAUUGAUGUUCAUGAAGUAACAGCACAUGUGCCCUUCCUAUGUCGUUGUGCCACUGAUGACAUCAACACUGUGCUGUUAGAUACUCCUGGCUUGUCUGAAUCUAACGAGUUAGGAAUAUCUGAAGUCUCAGAGCAUCAACUGAUGACCUGCUCUGUUUUUGUAUUUGUAAUAUCAUGCCAGCAAUUGCAGGAUUCUAUUGAUACUGAUUCAUUAAAAGCUAUUGUCAAGAGGGACCCAAGUACCAUCCAUAAACCAUAA